AUGCUCGAUGGGUCAAGCCCCCAGGCUGGUAAAAUCUGGAAGAAGGCUAACCUAACCUUCUCCUUUGAUGGCAAACGUAUGACUGAGACCUUCCUCAUUUGUAACACAGGGUCUCACGCCGCCAUCUUAGGGUUAAAAUGGUUGGAUGCCCACAAUCCGGAAAUUGACUGGAAUUCCCGUACACUGUCCUUCCCUCACACACCACCAGAACACGUGGCUAUUGCUGAAGAGGAGGAAGCUGACAAAGACCCACUUAAAGGAGUACCUCCCAAAUACCACCCAUACGCCAAGGUAUUUGGGGAAGAAGAAUUUAAUAAGCUUCCCCCUCACCGACAUUACGACAUAGGGAUUGAACUUACCAAAGAAGGCCCCUUAAACUCACCCCUAUAUAGCAUGACCAAUGCCGAGUCUGCCACACUCAAGGACUGGCUCAGGGACGAACUCAAGGCCGGAAAGAUCCGCCCCAGCAAAUCGUCAAUAAGUUCCCCUGUUAUGUUUGUGCCCAAAAAGGAUGGCUCCCGUCAACUUGUAGUGGACUAUUGUUGCCUGAACAACCGGACAAAGAAGAACGUCUACCCGUUACCCUGCCCAGAUGACCUCAUGGCCCAACUCCGUGGUGCCAAGAUCUUCACCAAACUAGACCUAAGGUGGGGUUACAAUAACGUCCGCGUUAAAGAAGGUGACAAAUGGAAAACGGCCUUCCAAACCAAGUACGGCCUCUACAAAUCCCUGGUCAUGACUUUUGGUCUGACAAACGCUCCUGCCGCUUUCCAGCACUUCAUGAAUGAACUAUUCAAGGAUUUACUGGACGUAUGCGUCAUCAUUUACCUUGAUGACAUCCUAAUCUAUUCUAAGGAUGACGCAUCUCACACGGAGCAUGUCCACAAGGUUCUGAAAAGGCUAAUGGGUAACCAGUUGUUUUGCAAAGCGUCAAAGUGUACCUUCCACGUCACAUCAGUGGAAUACCUUGGGAUAAUUGUCUCGGACAAAGGCUUUAGUCUGGAUAAACUCAAAAUCCAGGCAGUUCAAGAAUGGCCCACGCCCACCAAGGUUAAAGAGGUACAAUCCUUCCUCGGAUUUGCCAACUUCCUCUGCCAAUUUGUUGCCAACUUUAGUCACAUGGCCAGGCCACUACACAAUCUGGUCAAAAAGGAUACGGUAUGGAACUGGGGCCCCAAGGAACAGGAAGCUUUCCAGAACUUGAAAGAUUCAAUCACAAAAGCACCUGUACUUUGUCACGCAGAUCCCGCCAAACCCUAUUUCCUGGAAACAGACGCAUCCGGCGCAGCCUUGGGGUCCAUACUUAGCCAACGUCAAGAAGAUGGCCGGUUACACCCACUAGGUUUCCUUUCAGAGUCAUUUAAGGGAGCUGUUAAGAGUCGUGAAUUACUUGCGAUCAUCCGUUCCUUUGAAUACUGGCGCAUUUUCUUGGAAGGGACAGUUCACCCAAUCAUGGUCUUUACGGAUCACCGGAACCUAGAAUAUUGGAAGGAGUCAAGGACCUUUAACCGUUGUCACGCACGGUGGCACCUGUUACUAGCAGGAUACAAUUUCCAAAUUGUGUACCGCCCAGGUAAACAGUCCGGCAAACCAGACACCCUGUCCCGCCAAUCCAAUCAUGCCAAUGUUCCCCCUGCCAACCAAACCAUGCUACCAGAUCCUGUCUUUGCCAACGUUGCGCUAGUCCUGCCAGAAAAGGAGUUACAACGUCAGAUUGAGCAAUCCCUAGACCAAGACGAGUCCUUGGAGGAAAUCCUCCAAUUCCUUCAAAACGAAUCCAAGGCACCACCUUCCAUCAAAUGA